UAAGCAAACAGCGUGCAGUUGCAGACAUGUUUUGUCUUUAAGCUACGUGCUGCUUUUUACACUUAAAUGUAUAAUAGUUCAUGUCAAUUCAGGGAAUCCUGACUAAUAAGCACUAAAGAAAAGAAUACACGUAAAAUACAAGACCUCGUUAAAAGUGAAAUGCUGGAGUUUUUUUUGAAGUUGUCAGUUAAGAUGUUUAGAGGAGGAGGGACGACUCAGUGGAAACGCAGGUAGGACGGUUGAAGUGUCGAGUUACCUGGUUUUAGUUUUUGCUCUGUCAGAAGACCUCGGAGUAUUAGGAAAGAAGCUCCUUUCUAAACUGCCCUGCAACAACACUCGGCUCCGAACACCGGCACGUUUCAUUACAGCUUUGGGACCACGGAGGUGGAGGUCAGGCGUCCUUCAAGCUAGAUUCAGUUACGCAGGUGUAGAUUGAUUAGUGCAGGGAGCACGGAAGGGAGACCGGGACAGGACCGCUCCUGGUUUUCCUGCUAAAACCCAGUUGGGGAAAAAAAAGUGACAAAAGGCAGAAGAAGGAGAAUAUAGAGGACAGCAGCUACUGAGGAAAGGGCCAGUGGUACGCUAUUUACCGAAAAAGACAAGUACAUCAUGGGGGCAUCUCAGACAUCAUUUCAGGAAGCAGCGGAUAUCGAAAUACCACUUAAUUCGAAUAUGCCAAAUGCUCAACAAAAACUCAUGGCGAACUUGAAACCUAAAGCAGAAAAGUUGUCAAAGACAAAGAAAAUAAUCUGGAUUCUGAUGGCAGUUGUGACUUUGGCCAUAUUGGUCAUUGCAGGAUAUUUUAUCAAGAAUCUAAUUGAAAAGCAUUACUACUACUGCACACGCUCGGCGAAGUUCAUCCCACUCGCUAAAUCCUGUGAUGGGAACAUUGAUUGCUUCGAUGGAGAAGAUGAGGCUUAUUGUACGUCAGAAUUCAAAGCAAACGGCACAUUCCCAGUGCGUCUAAUUUCCGCUGCGAGUGUCCUCCAAGUGUUCAACGGCAAAACGUGGAGGACUGUCUGCAACGACGACUGGACCGCACAGCACACCGAGACUGCUUGCAAACAACUAGGAUACACAAAAUCCCCAACAAGCAAAAAUGUUGACGUUAGCACUUUGCAGUAUCCUUUAAUAACUGGACCAUUCGCAGCAGUCAGGAGCGAGAGUGGGAGCACACCAGUACAUCAGGCAGCCACUGACCGCAGCGUGUGCCGCACUGGAUCUGUGGUCUCUUUGAAAUGCUCAGAUUGUGGCGAGGUGAACCAUGUGGAUCGCAUCGUUGGUGGCGUGGAUGCCAAUAUAGAGAGUUAUCCCUGGCAAGUCAGCCUGCAGAAUGGUGGACACAGGUGUGGAGGCUCACUGGUGUCAUCACGCUGGAUUGUCACUGCCGCUCACUGCUUCAACAGUAACAAAGAGGUGAGUCGGUGGACAGUGAUGUCAGGAGAGACAUACAUUACCUCCUUCGGAACCUUCUCUGUGGACAUGAUUAUAAUCCACGAUCAAUACGAUAAAGACAAAAACGACUACGACUUGGCAAUGAUGAGGCUGAGCAGCCCGAUCUCAAUGGGAGACAAUCGCAAGCCAGUGUGUCUCCCACCUAAAGACCUUCCCCUUCCUGACAAGGCUCCUGUGGUUGUCACAGGCUGGGGAUUGCUGAGAGAAUAUGGAAAAAUUGCAACUAGACUGCAAAUGGCCAAUAUCGAGAUGAUUAGUCGAAACACAUGUUCCGGUAUUUAUGGAUCCUUAAUAUCGCAAAGGAUGAUCUGUGCUGGCAUCUUGAAGGGAGGCGUGGAUUCCUGCCAGGGUGACAGCGGAGGCCCCUUGGUGUACCUUUCCUCCUCCAGUCAGUGGAAUCUGGUGGGAGUGGUGAGCUGGGGCGACGGCUGCGCGCGGGAAAACCGGCCUGGAGUCUACAGCAACGUGGAUGACAUGCUCAACUGGAUCUAUGAAGUCAUUGAGAAAAAUCAGUGAUGUUCCACUGUGACUGGAGCCACUAAAUGGAUUUCAGGCAUUUUUACCCGAGACAGACUGUGAAGCUCAAAGUUCUUGUUUUAGCACUGCCGUAUGUAAAUAAGAGGACUUUUGGGGGAGAAGAGCGGAAUAUGCACAUCUGCUGUUAAUGAAACACUGAGCCACAAGUAUGGAUACAGACAUAUUCGUUUUCACAGAUUGUGCCAUUAUGUCUGUAUUUACCUCAAGGAACGUGUGUGUUUUGUUGUUGUUGUUUUUUCUGCUGCCUAAAUUAAGGUUUCAAAAAGUAUUGUAGCUUUUAUUUUUUCUUUCUUUAAUCUGGAAGCACUUUUUGGCAAAACAAGCCAGUCAGAGCAGAUUCAGUGACGUGUGUUUUUCUGCACUAAUGGAAGCUUUUAUGGUGCUGGACUUGUUACCUUUCUCUCCACUCAACACCCAAUAAUGCAUUUUUACAGGCAACGAUAUUUUACAGUGUAAUUGAAAAAAAAACAAAAGCAUUUCAUUGUAUUACAGUGACUCCUGAACGCUCGCGUUAUGGAUUUUUUUAAAGGUGCAGGUCAAGUCAGUUUUGCCUUUCCAUGUAAAUUAAAUGUUGUUGUUGCUGUUAACAUUUAUUUGGUUUUAACAUAUACUUGUAAAUAGUCUGUAAAUAUAAUAAACUUUUUCUCGCCUUGGAGGCUGUUGUGUUGAAGUGCAAAUAAAACUGGGAAAUGAACGUC